CUAUUAGACUUAAAGAAACUGUAAUUGAAUAAACAAGACGCAUAUUAAUGAAUUUAGUUCUAAAAUCGAAUUAAACUUUCUUUUUUCACUUAGUCGGAAAUCGUAACGAGUUGAGUCGUUUUUUUUAUAUGAGAAUAAUAAUUUAUUCAUAACGGUAUAACCUUCAACGAGUUUUGUUCGUUAAAUAUGAGUUAUUUCGGUGUUUGUGUUUUUCUUGUGGUAUUAUUUGGUAUCAAUUCAUCGUUCAGAGACAAUGAAUUCCCUCUCACUUCUAUUUACUACGACCCGUCCACGAAACAUGCCUUCAGGAUCAGCUCCAUCAAAAAUAUGCUGGUUAACACCAACAAAUAUUCCACCAAAAAUAAUGCAAAAACGAAAUUUGUAAGGAGAAUCGGUUUUCGGAGUAACGGUUGUACUUGCCAGAGUUUUUUAAAUUGCGGAUGCUGUUUAGGAAUAAAUAUGAAUUUGUUGAAUUUCAACAACGAGGGUUGUUUGAAUUUUACUUAUAUACCAGAUGACUUUGCUAUUGAUAUGAACGUUCUUAUGAAUAAACAAAACAUAUAUUCAAAUACUUUUUCAGCAAAAAACCCUCCACCUCUUUGUAUACCCCUUCCCAUUCCUUACAUUCCUCUUCAAGUUGAAGCAUGUGCCAAAUUGUACGAUAUCUACACGCCUGGUUCAAACUUGCACAUGUGUUUAGAUUUUGAGACUAGAAUACAAAGUGCCACUGUAUUGGUCCUGCAUUUUGAUUGUAUGAGAAUGGGAUUAGAUGGUGUAGCUUUAUUAAAACCAGAAGAUGGAGGUGGCCUAGCUCCAACUAUUGAAAAUGAAGACGAAGAAAUUGAAUUACAAAUUGAUAAUCCCGAUCCAGACUCUCGAUACGCACGUGCGCAGUCACCUCACCUCACCUUCUUUACCUGUCGGUUUUUACAACAGUACAUUCAACCCAUAGUUCCGUUAUGGGUUUUAAUUAAACCAAUAGGAAUGCACAAACGUGACAAUUAA